UAAUCUUAUAAAUUAAAUCCACUCGCUAUCUCGCCCGUUCCGUCUCGUCACUGACGGGGCGUGUAUGUGACUGAAGAAGUUGCGAUUAAGAGAAGGAUAUUCGUAAAUACGUGUUUAAAAUUUGAAAAUUUUUUAUUUAAAAAUCGGACAAAAAGAAAAAUUAGAGGGUGAGUGAGUGGGAAAACACCAAAAGAGAACGAGAGAGUUCGCCGAGUCUUGAAGCAUCAUCGUGCAUGCAUUUUGAAUGUUACCAAAGGCUUCUUCUUCUCUCUCUCUUGUUUCUGUUUCUUAUGCAUGCACACAUGUUAUUCUCUUUCAUCUCAUCGCCGAUUCAGUCUUUAAACGACGUCGUAGUUAUCGUGAUUGAUUGUCAACGGUUUUAAUUGAAGCUGUGGAAAGGAAAAGAAACGGCGGAGAAAACGACAGUCGGAGGAAUCAGAUAUGGAGGUUGAGCGUAACGUGUGAAGUUACUCGCUCUGUCGUUUAACAGUUAUUGAGGUCAGCAAGAGGUUGUUUACUUUUUGUAGCUUGUGGUUUCAUGUGAGUGAAGCUGUGGAUUUAGUUGACUGAUUUGGUGAUCUUUUGUGAUGCGUUAUUGAAAGAGGGAUUGUGAGGCAUUUGUUUUGUAUAUAUCGAAUUAUUUUGGUGAAAUUUGCAAAUUGAGCUGAAGAUAAAAUUAUGGAGUCGAGAACUUGCAUGAAUGAGGUGUGUGGAGCGGCCACUUCCGUCGAGUGGAGAAAAGGUUGGGCUCUGCGAUCCGGCGAAUUCGCUGUUCUGUGUGAUAAGUGCUGGUCUGCAUUUGAGCAGUCAAUUUUCUGUGACGUGUUUCACUCGAAGGAGUCAGGUUGGAGAGAGUGCUGCCCAUGUGGCAAGCGUCUCCAUUGUGGAUGCAUUGCUUCCAGGUCUUUAAUUGAGCUUCUUGAUAGCGGGGGUGUCAGCUGUUUAGACUGUGCAAAAAAAUCAGGACUUGAUUUUCUGGAUGGUGAUGAAAAGCCCAACGGAUUUGGCACCCUAAGGGUUGAUAAUGCCAGUGAUUUACAACCCGUGUCUGUGGACAACCAAGUGGGUGCUGAAAAAAUGAAGCUUAUGCAGAUGGGCAGUACUUCAAACGGUGUGGGGCUGAGACACUUGCUUCAAUUUCAAAGUGAUGACACAGAUGAGUCUUCUGGUAAAAUGAAACUGGAGGAAGCAGCCAAGCCAGAUAUCUCUAAGGAAAAUACGGAGGCAAAAGAUAUUUAUGAAUCACUAGCACAGACGAACUUAAGCAUCACCCUUGGUUCUUCUGGAGGAAACUCGAAUCUUUUUCCUUGUGUUGUUGAUGAUAAGGAACAAAAUAAGUCAUCUUCUGUAAUUCAACAAGGAACUAGGGCUUACCAUCUUUUGCCUAAGCCUCCAAAGUUAGCCGUUUCCACAAAUUCAGAGGCAAAUAUUGGUUUAUCCCAAAUUCGUGUAGCUAGGCCACCUGUUGAAGGACGAGGCAGGAGUCAGUUGCUUCCUCGCUAUUGGCCCAGGAUUACAGACCAGGAAUUGCAGCAAAUAUCUGGAGACUCAAAUUCUACUAUUGUUCCUCUGUUUGAAAAGGUUUUAAGUGCCAGUGAUGCCGGUCGCAUUGGCCGUUUGGUUCUUCCUAAAGCAUGCGCUGAAGCAUAUUUUCCACCUAUCUCUCAACCAGAGGGCCUGCCUCUGAGGAUUCAAGAUGUGAAGGGUAAGGAAUGGGUCUUUCAGUUCAGAUUUUGGCCCAAUAAUAACAGCAGGAUGUAUGUUUUGGAGGGAGUGACUCCUUGCAUACAGUCCAUGCAGUUGCAAGCUGGAGAUACUGUGACAUUUAGCCGUAUGGAUCCGGAAGGAAAGCUUGUUAUGGGAUUUCGUAAAGCAUCAAACUCUGUUGCAAUACAGGAUAUUCAACCUUCUGCCAUUCCUAAUGGCGGUCAUUCAAGUGAAAGUUUCUUUUCGGGUGUUUUUGAGAACCUUUCUAUAAUAAGUGGUUACUCUGGCGUUCUUCAGUCACUAAAGGGAAGCUCUGAUGCCCACCUAAAUGCGCUGUCCAAACAUCUGAACUCCACUCCUGGUAAUAUUAAUUGGCUUAAAUCUGAGAAGUACGAAGAUAAGACAAGGGAGAGUUUGCUGCUGCCUUCAAUGCUUGUACCAGAAAGAAAAAGAUCUCGAAAUAUUGGGACAAAAAGUAAGAGAUUGCUCAUGGAUAGACUAGAUGCUUUGGAGCUCAAACUUACUUGGGAAGAGGCACAGGAUAUGCUCUGUCCUCCCCCCAGUGUCACGCCCAGCAUUAUCACAAUUGAAGACCAUGUUUUUGAAGAAUAUGAAGAUCCCCCAGUUUUUGGGAAGAGGAGCAUUUUUGUAGUACGUGCAAAUGGGGGACCAGAGCAAUGGACUCAGUGUGAUGGUUGUUCUAAAUGGCGAAGGUUGCCUGCUGAUGUUAUUCUUCCACCUAAGUGGACAUGUAUGGAUAAUACUUGGGAUCAGACUAGUUGUUCAUGUUCGGCACCGGAUGAACUGACUCCUGGCGAACUGGAAAACCUUCUCAGACUAAACAAGGAUUUCAAAAAACGGAGACUGGAAAAAAGUCAGAGGCCGAAUCAAGAGAAUGAACCUUCUGGUCUGGACGGAUUGUCCAACAUGGCACUACUCGGGGACAACACGGGUGACCCAGGCUCUGCUGCAGUCGCAACGACAACUAAACACCCAAGGCAUCGUCCUGGCUGUUCAUGUAUUGUCUGCAUUCAGCCCCCAAGUGGGAAGGGCAAGCACAAGCCUACAUGCACAUGUAACGUCUGCAUGACAGUCAAACGCCGUUUCAAGACCCUCAUGAUGCGCAAGAAGAAGCGCCAAUCUGAGCGUGAAGCAGAGUUUGCUCAGAGAAAUCAACCGAUCAAUUGGGCUCCCAAAGAAGAAGUAGAAGCCGAAGUAGACAGCAAUUCUAAGCAUACUUCACCGCACAUUGACCCUUCGGAGAACGAAGCCAGGUCUGCAAAUGAGUUAGAAGCUGGCAAGGGGCAGAUCGACUUGAACUGCCAUCCUGAUCGAGACGACGCACAAACUGGGUCGUCAAAUCGGGUGAGCAUGAUGAGACUCCUUCAAGUGGCGACCCUUCCUCUGGAGAAUUAUUUAAAGCAAAAUGGUCUUACAAGCUUGGUGUCUGAACAGCAAACAAGUGCAGCGUCACAGGCUCUGCCCGCCCAGGCCGCCGGGGAUAGCGAGGGACGGGUCAAUGAGUUGGCUUCUGCCACUCAAGAGCGAGAGAGUGGGGGAGAAGAUAAUUGUGGAUCUGGACCAGAUCAAAGCCCAAAAGAUCCUCAGUAGAAAUUUACUCAUCAUUUAUUUAUUCUAUUUUUAGAGUUUUUUUUUUUUAAAUUUAUAAUCGAAAUAUUUCUGUAGUUAAGAGUGUGAAUGUGUUGUCAUCAAGUAACUGUGCAAUGUGUAUCAUAUCUAUACAUGAAUUUUACAUUUACACCUGCUCUGAGAUAUAUUGUUGUAAACAAGAUUUUAUUUUUAUAAAUGAGUUGAAUUUGAACUUAUUCAAA